AUAUAAACAGCCCAUACUGCGAUAAUGUUAUGCGCUAUGUGAAAAUCGCCUUCAUGGCUCAGGAUUUUUGCUAAAAGGUUUCCUAUAUACUUAGCUGGUCAAAUUCCCUAUUCUUACGGGAUUCGAUUCAUUGUCAUGUUUACAAAAUCCUGCCGCUGGAGCUAUCCUGAGCUAGUUUAAACCAGACCAUCACUUCAUAUUUUAGACACUAAAUUUUACGUAAAGGAAUUGUUGCCCACUAAUCACAAACUUUAUGAAUAAAAAGAAGAUAUCUGUGUCUUCAGUCUUAAAGAUCAAAGCAACUUAUUCCUACUAACAAAUUAAUUUAUUGAAGUGCACUUAAGUUUUGUGGAUUUAGUAAGAAAAUUCUCGUUGUAGGGCCUAUUGAGCUCCGAAAGUGCUAUAUGCAGAAACAAUUUUGUCAACUGUCUUACAUGGCUGUGAAACACGGUCUAUAAUUAUUUCUUUAAUUAAAGUUAUAACUUUAAUUAAGGAAAGAAUACAAAUUACACGUGUUAGGAAACAAAAUAAUUAACAUAAUAUGUGGACCCAAUAAGAAUUAAGUAAACGAAAUAAGAUAUUACAACAUAGUAUAAUAAAGAAAUUUAUGAUUCGCGCAGGAAUUGUUAUAACAAUUAAAACAAAAAGGUUAAAAUACGCCGGACAUUUUACUCUUGUUGGGGGGGUUCCAAGAAAUUAAUAUGGAAUUCUCUGGAGGACUCGACUUGACCAUUAAUUCUAAUGUUAUUUAAAGAACUGUUUCUAAUUGCAAGGCUAUGCGCCAAAUGAAACGAGAAUAUUGUCAUGAAUGUCGAUUAGGUAAGGAUUUGGAAAAUGUCGGUGGGUGAUAAUUUGAAGGUUUGAUCCCUAUAUUCACGUGGACAGACUGGUUGAAACCACAAACAUUCAGGACAAUCAAUAACCCGGCAGAGAUUCGAAUCUGGUACAUCCUGAAUAUGUCUGGUGCUCAAUUUCCACUGGGAAGACCAAAGAAAUGGGAGGUUAACAUUAAGAUAGAUCUUAGGAAAGAAGUAAGUGAAUGAAACUGACUCAGGAUCUUGUCUAACGGCGAUAGAUAUCUGACUUAUAAAACCAGAAUGUAAGUUAGUCAGUCUAUAAUUAUUUACAUUUAAUUUGCUUACAUAAACCCAGAGCUCUUGUAAUAUCUUCCGGUAUCAAUUACAAGGGUUACAAAUAAGCGAACAAGCCAAAAUAAAAUUUUCUGGCAGCACAUCUUAGUCACACUAGUAUUUACUCGCCAUAUGAAACGUCGCACACAAUGAGCUAAGUCCUAUAUGAGUUCUUCAUCUCAUACACGAACAGUGAGAGAAUUUUUGUGUGGAUUUAAUAACACAAAUUCUGAGGGAUGUUUGUUUAUGCGCUGUGAAAGCAGGGACUUUACUUAACUAUGUGAUCUAGAAUAACUAAAGCUGCAGUUCAACAAGAUGAAUAACUGAGUGGACUAUUUGGGUGUCAGUGGAGUGGAUCAAGUGUUUCUGGUGCGGACUUGAAGAUUACUUAAGGGUUCACAGAAAUUUGAAAAAAAAAAACCAGCCUCUGUCAUGUUAAAACAGACUCAAAACUUGUGAAAAUGUUCAACUGGCUUUUAUAAAGUUGAAGAUAUCGUCUACUCCAAGGCAUGACAAAGCAGCGGGGACGCCCCGGUCACGUGGCCAAUGUGGACCCCCAUCAUGGCAGCGCAACAAGGUGACCCAUUCAAAACUCAACGUCAUUACACAGCUCUCUAUCACAAUCAGCAACCAGAUGUCUCUUCUGUCGCUACUAUCACCACGCAUCAUCACCAGCAGGUGCUACCGCAGGUGCUGGGACGCAGCACGGUUGGUACGGAGGUGGCGGCGGUUUGCCGUCGAGGCCUAUCGCCGCCCUCGCUACAUAGCGGUGAUAGUCACAUGAUCCCAGCUGCUGUCAAGUCGACCGAACAGGCAUCUUCACACAAGGAAGGUCCUGGAGCGACCGCCGCAGUAUUUGCAGGUGGACACGCGAUGACUCAAAUACCAUCCGCAGAACUUCACUCGGUCACCACUAGACUGCGUCGCCGUUUGAGAAGAGCCACCUCAUCACUUCGGAAAAGAUGGCGAAGAGUAUACAGGAACAGGAGUCACCAGGAACAGAGCAGUCACCAGGAAGCAGGCACGAAGGCACGCGCCCCGGCGACUGACGGGUUCUUGGCCAAGUUCUCGAGUGUCGCUGGGGCGCCCGCAGAAUCAGACGCACAUGGCAACCAGCAGGACUCGGCUAACUGCUGGCAAAACCGUCUCACCGUAGACCCUACCAAGCCUUUUCACUACAGGUGGCUAAUGGUGGUCUCUGCAGCCGUAUUGUACAACUUCCUGUUCGUGAUAGGACGUGCCGUAUUCUGGGAGCUCAAUAAUGCAGCUCCUGCCCUCUGGUGGACACUCGACUAUACCUGCGACAUCAUCUACCUCCUCGAUACUCUAAUUCACGCUCACGAAGGUUACCUGGAGCAGGGACUUCUGGAGAGGGACACCCAGAAGCUGAGAAGGCACUACCUGAGGUCUAAGAAAUGGCGCUCAGACGUGCUGAGUCUCCUACCGACGGACCUCACAUACAUUUGGUGGCCACCCGCCACCUGCCAGAUCCGUGUUCCCUGUCCCGUCAUCGUGAGAUUCAACCGUCUCCUUCGCUUCCCACGUAUGAGUGAAUUCUUCGACCGCACUGAGACCCGAACCGGAUACCCCAACGUAUUUCGUAUAUGCAAGGUAGUGCUGGCGAUCCUGGUGUUAAUCCACUGGAACGCAUGUUUCUACUUCGCAAUCAGCUAUGCCAUAGGGUUUGGGUCGGACAACUGGGUGUACAACAUCAGUGGAGGACGCAACAGCACGCUGUCCAGACAGUACAUUUACAGCUUCUAUUGGUCUACACUUACCCUCACCACCAUAGGAGAGACGCCCCAACCGGAGAACGACGCGGAGUACUUGUUUGUGGUGGCAGACUUCCUGGCCGGGGUGCUCAUCUUUGCUACGAUCGUCGGUAAUAUCGGCAGUAUGAUCAGUAACAUGAAUGUGGCGAGGGUCGAGUUCCAGAACCGUAUGGACGGAGUUAAACAGUAUAUGGCGUUCCGGCGUGUCUCCAGGGAACUGGAAGCCCGUGUCAUUCGCUGGUUCUCCUACACAUGGGCCAACAAACAGGCACUGGACGAGGAACGCGUAUUGGCCGCGUUGCCUGACAAACUGAAGGCUGAGAUAGCAAUUCAUGUGCACUUGGAUACCUUGCGGCAAGUUCGCAUCUUCCAGGACUGCGAGCCCGGGCUCCUGGAGGAACUAGUACUAAAGCUUCGCCUGCAGGUUUUCAGUCCAGGAGACUACAUCUGUCGGAAGGGGGACGUGGGACGGGAGAUGUACAUCGUGAAGCGAGGACGGCUGAGCGUGGUGGCGGACGACGGGCAGACUGUCUUGGCCACCCUGGGGGCGGGAUCCGUGUUUGGGGAGGUGAGUGUGCUGGAGAUCGCGGGCAACAAGACAGGCAAUCGCAGGACAGCAAAUGUCCGGUCGCUCGGCUACUCGGAUCUGUUCUGCUUGUCGAAGCGAGAUCUCUGGGACGCGCUGUUCGACUACCCGGAGGCUAAGCACAGCCUCAUGGAGCGAGGCUGCCAGUUGCUCAGGAAGGACGGUCUUCUGGACGAACAGGCCUUUACGAAGGCGCAGGUGGAACACGAGAAUCUCACCGACAAAGUGGACCGCCUCGAGAACACACUGGAAAACCUGCAGACCCGGUUCGCACGUCUGCUGGCGGAAUGCUCGAGCCACCAGGCGAAGGUGAAACAGAGGCUGACGAGAGUCGAGCAACACACCCUGAGGACGGAGGAGAAGCGGCGGGCGACAACUGGAGGAAUUUCGAGCCAGGACAGCGGUGGCGACAGCUCCCAGCUGACUGAGAAGGUGGACCUAAGCAGAUCCAUGCGCAGAUCCUUCCAGGGCGUGUCAAGAAUACGAAGGCAUAAACAAAAUACUAUGUGAAGCGUCUGUGUAGAACUUUUUAAAAACGGCCUAUUGAGAAAGAGGAUUCAAGCCAGUUCUAUCUUAUCACUAUCAUCUAUCGCAUACAGUGGUUCUGGAGUGUUAUUAUUAAGCAGAAGUGAUAUAAAGGUUUAAUUAAAACAAUUAAAAUAGAGGAAAUUGUGUUAUAUACAACUAUGACAUAAUUUAUAUACAGUUGUAUACAUCCCGUGUGAUACCAUCGGGUUGAGUUUUGUGUCUGCCUCGAAUUCAGAGUGUAAGAAGAUGUGUGUGUUUGAUGUUUGCCGUCCACAGAGGCAGCCGACAAUGAAACGCUUUGAGAAUUAAGAGGAAAACUGAAUUAACUCGCUUGACGAUAAUGACAAAUAUACACUAUGAAAGUUUUGCAUCCCAAUCAAAAUAUGUGUUUAAUUACUAUUACAUAGGUGCUAUAACCCACUCCAAGCCUUUUAUUUUCUAAAGAAUUUUUCUGUUAUAUCUUUGAACUUUAUUUAACAGUUGGUAGGACUUCUUGGACCAGAAGGUUGUCCCAUUGCAAGGUCUCUACCUACACAAGAGAGUGAAUAAAACAUAAACAAGGCAGGAACACUCAUCCAUAUCUGAUGUAGGAUUCGAACCACGAUCCCACUGAUCGAAUGGCCUAAGCCGAGAUUAAGGAUUUUCUUUUCUUAUUUAGCUAUCAUCGAACUAAGAGCCAACUACGCUUGCUAAUUAGCUAGAAACUGCAAAAUCUUUUACACAGUUGGUACGACAUUUUGCAAGCGUGGCCUGGAGGGGGGGGGGGGAAAUACAUAACAAAGGUUCUACCUAUAUGGGUCAGCACGAUACAGAAUUUGAAUCAAUUUUGAGGUAAAACUUAAUUUUAAAUUUAGGUUUUCUGUGUUGUUAUUCUGGGCUGUGACACUGUAUCGACUCGUAUACCUACGAGUCCACAUGGCAUCUCAGUCCAGCUGAGAAAACUCCAAACCUCAUAAUUUAGAGCUUAUUUGAAUUUCUGUCAGAUUAGUUGGACGGAAUUAUCUGGUAUUCGAAUGGUGUUAGACCUUAAGGAAAAUGUGAUUGGAAUGUUGGAUUUUGAUAUCAGAUAUUUAAAUUGCCAACAAUUACUUAUGACAGAUAUAAGUCUUAAAAAAAGCUGGCCCUUACAGCUUCUCAGGAUUUAUUUACGAUAAAAUACACGAUAGAAAUAACAUACAGGCUAAACAUUUUAGAUGUACUGCCUUCAGACUUUGAAUCUAAAAGUAAUUAAAACUGAUCAAAGCAAUUAGUAAUUAUUAUGACUUACUUCUAUAGUUUUCACUGGAUAUCUGUUUCAAUUAUCUGAUCACAAAUCGUAGCCUACCAAUGUUUAUAACUCUGUAAAACAGCAAGUAAAAGACCGGAAAACAUACUUUUGCACACAAGGCUUGAAACCCGCCACGCCAUCUUUUACUGCAGUUGAGUACCAACACGACAAACCUAACGGAGCGAGAUUUAAAAUUAUUCGAGACAUUAGGCCUACAUUUGUCAACAACACAGGAGUAAAAUUUUAUCAAGCUACGUCAUUUUGGGCUAGUUUCCCCUAACUCUAAACAUUACAUUUUUCAUAUUGUCGUAUUCCCAACAACCUUAUCUAUAUUCAUCGUCACAAAUUCCAUAGAACAGAAUCAUUCUUACGAAUUUGAUAGUAAACUCUGCUAUUUAAGAAAUAUCAUUACACAUGAGUCGGUCUAUAAGAAAAAUGCGACUUCUGUUAUGUGUUUUUAAAUUCCAAUUUUACUGUCCCAAAGGAACUGAAAGCGAGUUAAUUCUUUCUUCCACCUAACUCUCGACAUAAUAUAGGCCUAUACCUGGAGCAAAAAGAUUACAUUUUUGAGUUGGCAUGGAAUACACAUAUAGUUAUUUGUACGGAGGAAGGGUUGUUUGUAGCUCUGUGCUGAUACUAUAUUUGAGAGUUUUGACAUUUGCUUCUACAGCGAAAUGUCUUCAUGUGCACGGACUGUCAACAUGCUGAUUAUAUUCUGAGCGCAUACAUGCACGAGAGUAAUAUAAAGAAACCAUAUAAAAGAUCACUAUCUCCUAUAACCAAUUAUAAUCUUUGUAUCGGCUCUUGCAAGUAACAGUGGCGUAUACCAAACGGUCUGUCAGCAUUUUUAAAGACACUUCGAGAUAGAGUCAUGAGUUAGCACCCACAGAUAUUACAAAUUCUGUAAAAGUUGCCUGGGUGGGAAUCCCGACGUGACUUUUCCGUCUGCAUUUGGAAUAUCAUAAAGGACAGUCGGAGAGAACACUUGAAUAGAACAAAAAUGGUUUAAUAAAUUUCUCAUAAGAAACACAUCUUGUUUAACCUUAAAAAAGCGCUAUAAGGUGUUUACAAAUAUGUGCGGAUUGUUUUGUUUUCUGAAACGAAAGUAGAAAACAGAAAUUGAAGAGAUAAAUUCAGUCAGACCUAAUUAUCAGAUUUCGAAAACACUAUGUUCGGGUCAACCUUCCAGAUUUUUUUAAAAAUAAGAUUUUCUUUUUAUAGACGGAUUAUGAUCACAUUUUGCCUGAUACUGUAAAUAUCUCGUUAAACAUAUAUAAAAUCAAAAAAGUACUUCAGGAAAUAUUAAAGCAGGCUUACAUUUAUCAGGUAAAUAUAUUAUUUCUUGUAUAAUUUGUAAAAUGAUCCACACAACUAAUACUUGACAAAUCUCUGUUCUAAUUUAACCUACUUUUCUUCAAUGUGUGUCUCUACACCCUUAGAAUACCAAUCACAGUUUAAGAUAUGGUAUUGGAAUUAAACACGAAUAAUGCUACAUUUAUGUCUUUUGCUAUGUGUACAAAGCACGAUAAGUCAGUGUGAAUAAUCUGAAUGUUAUUUAACAACUUGUAAUACAGAAUUCUUUCUCGCAAGGUUCUCCGAUCCGUGGUUAUUUUGAAAUGUCCCCAUCCGGCCUCUAGAAAAAAAAUUACUCACCCCUGGGGUAGACCGUUGCGGAGCCACGAUUCGUUGUAGAGCAGAGGUUUAAAAUUGUCAAACAUAGCGUUAGUUUAUCGUCAAACAUUUGAAAAGUUGUGCCUAUUCAGAGACACCGUACCGGACUCCAUUUUACAAUUUGCAAGUUAAGUCUUAUUUAUAUAUAAAUAAGACGAACAUACGGAGAAAGUGAUUGUAAAACAUAAGAAAAUGGAACACAAGUUGGUAGUUUGUGACAUAUGUGAUGUGAGAAACAUGGUGAUAUUUUAUAUUGAAAUUGUUGAUUAAAUUCUAAUUACUUAGGAAACAAGAUGAUUUCUAAUAUUAAUAACUGAACAUUAUCUAAAAUAUUGUAAUGCGCUCGCCAUUGAUUCUAGUUUAUUCGAAAUCCUAGAUACUGCAGACUGGAGCAAAUUAUUUCUUUACAUUUUUACAGAAAUUAAUAUAGUGAUGUUAACAUUUCAGCGGCGCAAUGUCCGAGCACCAAUAUUGAGUGGGAGAAGUGCCUAUGUGCCCCGUACAACGUGGCUAAAGAACUGGUCUGUCUAAAAUACUACACAAUUUUAACCUUUU